AUGGCGAAGCUCAGACCAGCAAAGAUAUUCAAAGGCUCCGUAGACGCACUUCCUCCACCCUCACCUAAUUCUACAAAUCAUCGGCCACAGAAUCAAGUGCCUCGACAAAUCACAGGGCUGACGUUCGAUGAUCGAGGAGACUAUUUGGUAACCGCAGCGGAGGAUGAGACGUUUCGUUUGUAUAGUUGCAAAAGUGGCAAACACGUAAAAACAUUAUAUUCGAAGAAAUACGGCGUCGACCUGCCACGCUUCACGCACAAAAACAGCACGAUCGUGCACGCGUCUACGAAGGAAGAUGACACGAUUCGUUAUCAUUCAUUACACGACAACAAAUAUCUACAAUACUUCAAAGGCCACAAAGAACGCGUCGUCUCAUUAGAAGUAUCACCAAUCGACGACGGCUUCAUGUCCGGCUCACUCGAUCGAACUGUCCGUCUCUGGGACGUACGAAAACCAAAUUGUCGUGGUCUUCUCCAUUUGCCAUCUUCCCCUCUCGUUGCCUACGACAACUCAGGUCUCGUAUUCGCUGUUGCUAUAAAUACGUUCUGUCGAAUCUUACUCUACGACAUGAAUAACUUUGACAAAGAGCCUUUCUUGACUAUGACACUCGAAGAUCCAUUAUUGAAACUCAUCUCCUUCCCGCCUCGUCAGAUAUACAUGACUUCCUUGGCCUUCUCGUCAAACGGGAAGUACCUACUCGUCGGCACAUCCGGUAACGCGCAUUACAUAUUAGACGCCUUCGAAGGCCAUCUACUCGCUAAAUUAGAAGGCCACGUCGGUUUGGAGAGAGUUCGUAUGGAAGCUACCGUUGGCUUGAACCCGACGAAGGGAAUAAGUGGAGAAGAAGUUUCGUGGACUCCCGAUAGUAAGUUCGUUGUGAGCGGGAGUCUGGACGGCAAGAUUUGCAUUUGGGACGUGCAGAAGCUUCCCGUACGAGCGAAUGAACCGAUAGACCUCAAUAGGAACCCCGUGGUACUAGACCCGAUGACGACUCUCGAUGGUCAUCCUGGUCCUGCGAGACUUGGGAUGAUGGCGACGGCGGGAGCAGAAUUGGCGUUCUGGCUGCCUGAUAUGGCAGGGGACGGGUCUGACGAAGUGAAAGAGCACUUCAAAAAGAAGCUCGCUGGGUGA